AAAACAUCAUCAAUUGCUGAAAAAACUACAACGGGAUCACCCACAACCUCAACAGCAGCUCAAGAUUUAAUUACAGAGGCUACCGCGACUACGGCACUCCCAGUCGCCAGCUCCACAAGAAGAACUGAAACUAUGUUAACCACGACAAUAACAAUGCCCACUACUACCUCUAUUACUACUACUACUACUACAACCCCAACAUCAACAACCACUACAACCCCAACAUCAACCACCACCACCACGACAACCACUACAACCCCAACAUCAACAACCACUACAACCCUAACAUCAACAACCACCACCACUCCAACUACAACACCUGCUAAGCGGUGCAAUGGAGUUUCGGAUAUAACAUGUCGGCCAAAAACAACUUGCACAGUAGACACCAAUUUAGCGACUCAACUUCAAUCGUCGGGAGCAAUCGGAAAUGGCUACAUGUUUAGUACAGCGAAUGGCAAGAAAUAUUUCAUCGGUGUCGAUUACAACACUCUUUCUUACGACUCGACCGCAUCAGUUUGCUGUCAAAUAGGCCUGAAGUUAGCCGAGUUUACAACAGCCGACAGUUGGAGUAACUUCAUAGAAUAUUUUAAAACUCUUGCAUUCUCAAGCUGGGAUUUUUUCGGCGAAACUACGGACAAUGGCAAUGGAACGGACACGUGGUGCCUUUCUGGUGCUUUGGUUCCCGCCGGGGUCAUCCCCGACACUUUUUACAACCUUGAGUGCGGAAUUAAGAACCUACUAGUACUGAUUCCCGGCGGUAUUAUCUCGUACAUUGACCCUUACACUACAAUCCACCGAUACUUUUGCGAAUAGCAUAGAGAAAAAUUCAAAAUUAAAAUAAUGAAAUCAUGAAUCACAUGUUGUAACAAAAUAAAUUUGACAGCUCCAUU